AUGCGACCAAACAAACCUGGCAAUCAAGAAGCCGCUAAGGCAGCCCACUCCGAUGAAGAGCCGGUUGCUCCCCCUAAACGAGAUCGCGAAGCACCUAAUAGAGAGGCGAACGUCCCCAAAACCAGGAAGAAGGUCAAUAUGAUUAUGGGAGCCCUCGAAUCAUGCAACUACUCCGUCCGAGCCCUCAAAGAAUAUAGCCGGCUGGCAUCGAGUUCGCAGCCCCAAACGACGGUAACAAUCGUGCCGCUGUUGUUUACUAAAGCCGACCUGCGGGGAGUGCACAUGCCUCACAAUGAUUGCCUCGUCGUCGAACUCCAGCUCGGAGAUGUCGAAGUAAGCAGAAUAUUAAUCGACACAGGGAGCUCGGUAAACGUCAUAUUCAAAGAAACAUUAAAGAAUAUGGAUUUUCCGGACUCCGAGAUCAAGCCUUACAUGGAAUCAUUGACCGGGUUCACCGGAGAGAAAACAAGAACAGUAGGAACAGUGAAGAUACCCAUCUAUGUCGGCGGGUCGGCCCGGAUGAUCAAGUUUUUGGUCCUCAACAAACCGGCGAUAUAUAAUGCAAUUUUGGGAACGCCUUGGCUAUUCGACAUGAAGGCCGUCGCUUCAACGUUCCAUCAGUGCGUCAAAUUCCCGACCCCGUCAGGGAUUUUCACCCUCAAAGGAAGCCAGACCGCGUCCCGAUUAUGCCAUCUCACCGAAUGCAAACUAAGUCUCGCACGGACGUGCGUCAUAAGCCCCUUUCAGGAAGGUCGUGCGGCCGCAGAAAGCCAGUUCGGUCCACCCAAACAGAGCCAAGUUGACCAAGUCUGCAUCGAUCCGACAAAUCCAGAAAAGUGUGUCGGCAUAGGGGCCGAGCUCGACAACAGUAUCCGGGAAGCACUCAUCAGUUUCCUCCAGAAGAACGUCUCCACAUUCGCAUGGAAUAUCAGCGACAUGCCCGGAAUCAAUCCCGACAUCACUUGCCACGAGCUAAACAUCGACCCCACAUACAAACCUAUCAAACAGAAGAGACGCAAGCUCGGACCCGAGAAAGCGCGAGCAGUAAACGAUGAGGUCGAAAAAUUGCUCAAAGCCGGUUCGAUCACGGAGGUUCGAUACCCGGACUGGCUAGCAAACCCGGUAGUCGUGAAGAAAAAGAAUGGAAAGUGGAGGAUCUGCGUCGACUUUACCGACCUGAACAAAGCUUGUCCCAAAGAUAGCUUCCCACUACCACACAUUGAUCGGUUGGUAGAGGCAACUGCUGGCAACGAACUGUUAUCCUUCAUGGAUGCCUUCUCGGGGUAUAACCAAAUCCUGAUGCAUCCGGAUGAUCGGGAAAAGACUUCGUUCAUUACCGAUCGAGGAAUCUACUGCUAUAAGGUCAUGCCGUUCGGCCUCAAGAAUGCGGGAGCCACCUAUCAAAGACUCGUGAAUCGCAUGUUCACCAGUCAGCUCGGGAAAACGAUGGAAGUAUAUAUUGACGACAUCCUGGUUAAAUCCCUGUACGCUGAGGACCAUAUAUCGCAUUUGUCAACGUGUUUCGACAUUCUGAACGAGUACGGGAUGAAACUCAAUCCCGCCAAGUGCACCUUCGGCGUAACAGCAGGCGAAUUCCUGGGUUACAUCGUCACUGAGUGCGGCAUCGAAGCUAACCCUAAGCAAAUAUCUGCAGUUCUCGACCUACAUUCUCCGACUUCUAAACGAGAAGUGCAAAAACUCACAGGCUGA